AUGAAAGAUUCGCCUAAGAGUCUCGAGGCGGGGGACAAUCCCGAGUUCCCAUAUGAUGACCCAAAAGCCAUACAGGGAGAGAUCACAGGCGUUCACAACUCAAAGACCCAACGAGGUUUGAGCUCGCGCCAUGUUCAAUUCUUGGCUCUGGGUGGUUGUAUCGGCACUGGUCUUUUUGUUGGCAGUGGCCAAUCGCUGUCGACGGUUGGUCCUGCUCCUUUGCUCAUGGGCUAUAUUGUCAUGUCAAGCAUUGUGUACUUUGUCAUGAACAUGCUUGGUGAAAUGACCACCUAUCUCCCCGUCCAGGGUGUUUCGGUGCCAUAUUUGAUUACUCGGUUUACGGAGCCCAGUCUUGGAUUUGCCAUUGGAUACAAUUACUGGUAUUCAUUUUCAGUGUUGCUAGCAACAGAAGUCACUGCAUCCGGCCUUGUCAUUGAGUAUUGGCAGUCACCGGUCAGCGUGGGUGUAUGGAUCGCAAUCAUUCUCGUUGUCAUUCUCCUUCUAAACAUUGUCGCGGUCUCUUGGUAUGGUGAAGCCGAAUUUUGGUUCGCAUCACUCAAGAUCCUGGCGAUCCUCGGUCUAAUCAUCCUGGGUGUCAUCCUUUUCUUUGGCGGUGGUCCUAACCAUGAUCGUCUCGGCUUCCGGUAUUGGCAACGGCCAGGCGCAUUCGUGGAACCCUACUUGGUCCCGAGCAUCAACACAGGCCGCUUUCUGGCAUUCUGGACCGCUAUGAUCAAGUGCGGAUUCUCCUUCAUUUUCUCCCCAGAGCUUAUCACUGCUGCUGCCGGUGAGGCUGAGUCGCCACGCCGCAACAUUCCCAAGGCGUCGAAGCGGUUUAUCUACCGUUUGUUCGCAUUUUACAUCUUGGGCAGCUUGGUCAUUGGUGUGACAGUUGCAUACAACGACAAGAACCUCCUGCAGGGUGUUGCGAGCGGUGGUUCUGGUGCUGGUGCCAGUCCAUUCGUUGUCGGCAUCCAAAAUGCUGGUAUCACUGGAUUGAACCACGUUAUCAAUGCUGCCAUUCUUAUCUCUGCCUUUUCGUCGGGGAAUUCCUGGCUCUUUGCUGGGUCUCGCACACUUUACUCGCUCGCAGGCGAGGGCCAGGCUCCCGCAUUUUUCCUUCGCUGCAACAAAAACGGCGUCCCGUACAAUGCUGUCAUCGUCACUUGGGCAAUUGGUCUACUCUCCUUCUUGAAUCUGUCUACCUCAGGUUCAACCGUGUUUUAUUGGUUUACCAACAUUACUACAAUCGGAGGUUUCCUUGCUUGGGUCAUCGUGGCAGUGGCAUACUUGCGUUUCCGCAGCGCUUUGGAUUUCCACGGGCUGCUCAAGUCGCGGCCCUUCAUUACUCCCUUCCAACCGUACGGCGCUUACUACGUGAUGGUCUUUGUGUCACUACUGGCUAUUACCAAUGGCUAUACGAUAUUCUUCCCAGGCUCGUUUACUGCGUCGGACUUCCUUGUUUCCUACAUUGUCUUCGUGAUCUUCUUCGUGCUGUACUUCGGCCAUAAGUUCUAUUACAAGACGCCAUGGAUAGUCAAGGUGUCAGAGCUUGACAUUUUCAGCGGCAAGGAGGAGAUCGACCGACUUGAAGAAGAGGAGGUCGAACCGCAGCCACGCAACUGGCUAGAGCGAGUGUGGUGGUGGAUUGCAUAG